AUGAGGGAAAUCGUGCAUAUCCAAUCCGGCCAGUGCGGUAACCAGAUUGGUGCCAAGGUCUGGGAGGUGAUCAGUGAUGAGCACGGGAUCGACCCCACAGGCACCUACCAUGGAGACGGCGAGCUGCAGUUGGACAGAAUCAGUGUCUACUACAACGAGGCAACAGGUGGUAAAUAUUUGCCUAGGGCUGUCCUCGUGGACCUUGAGCCUGGCACCAUGGACUCUGUGAGGUCCGGACCCUUUGGACAGAUCUUCACAGACAACUUUGUGUUUGGCCAAAGUGGUGCUGGUAACAACUGGGCAAAGGGCCACUACACAGAGGGAGCAGAGCUGGUGGACUCUGUCCUGGACGUAGUGAGGAAGGAGUCAGAAAACUGUGACUGCCUGCAGGGCUUCCAGCUCACCCACUCCCUGGGUGGAGGCACGGGGUCGGGCAUGGGCACCCUGCUCAUCAGCAAGAUCAGAGAGGAGUACCCUGACCGCAUCAUGAACACCUUCAGCGUGGUGCCCUCACCGAAGGUAUCAGACACAGUGGUGGAGCCCUACAACGCCAUCCUCUCCAUUCACCAGCUAGUGGAGAACACAGACAGAGUGUUCUGCAUCGACAACGAGGCCCUCUAUGACAUCUGCUUCCGCACGUUCAAACUGACCACGCCCACCUAUGGUGACCUCAACCACCUGGUGUCAGCCACCAUGAGCGGCGUCACCACCUGCCUGCGCUUCCCUGGCCAGCUCAACGCUGACCUCCGCAAACUGGCCGUCAACAUGGUGCCCUUCCCCCGUCUGCACUUCUUCAUGCCCGGCUUCGCCCCCUUCACCAGCAGGGGCAGCCAGCAGUACCGUGCCCUCACCGUGCCCGAGCUUACCCAGCAUGUGUUCGACGCAAAAAACAUGAUGGCCACCUGCGACCCUCGUCAUGGCCGCUACCUUACUGUGGCUGCAGUGUUCCGGGGCCAAAUGUCCAUGAAGGAGGUGGACGAGCAGAUGCUUAAUAUCCAGAACAAGAACAGCAGCUACUUCGUGGAAUGGAUCCCCAACAAUGUGAAGACCGCUUUCUGCGAUAUCCCACCCCGUGGUCUAAAAAUGUCUGUCACCUUCAUCGGCAACAGCACAGCCAUCCAGGAGCUGUUCAAGCGUAUCUCUGAGCAGUUCACUGCCAUGUUCCGCCACAAGGCCUUCUUGCACUGGUAUACUGGAGAGGGCAUGGACGAGAUGGAGUUCACUGAGGCAGAGAGCAACAUGAACGACCUGGUGUCUGAGUACCAGCAGUACCAGGACGCAACACAGCUGAUCGAUGACUCAAUAUUGGAAGAGUCAGAGGAGGAGGAUGGAGCGAUGCGAAAAGAGAAGCGAGGAGAGCCACUGGCAAAACUCAGGGUGUUAAAAAAUGAACACAUCUCAGAGACUGAGUUGCCUCUCUACCAGGGAGAGAAUGUGUUGGGGCGAAACCCAAACUCCUGCUCCCUUCCCCUCGUGGCACCUUCUGUAUCCAAGCAGCACACCGUCAUCUCCAUCUCAAUGUUUCGCGGCAACCGUUGUCGUGGCAACGUUGCCGGCAUGGAGACAGAGGCUUUAGUGUGGGACCUGGGGAGCAUGAAUGGGACAAGGAAGGGCCGGACCAAACUGACCCCUCACGUCCGCUACGCUCUGACCGAGGGAGAGUGUGUGGUAAUAGCUGACAUCCCCUGCCAGUAUGUCUCUGUGGACCAGAGGGGGGGACAGGGGCACAUGCAGAACCCAACCAACGCACACUCUGGAAGGGGAAGGAGGACAGGGCCAGACAGGAAGGCCCAGCUCAGAGGAAGCCCUAGCGGCCAAGGUCUGGGACGAGAGACUGGCACACCGAAGACUGAGAGACUGACUGAGGGUAGAGGAGUCAAUGGAGAGAUGGGGGCACCAUUGUCGACUGAGCUGGGUGGAAAAGGUAAAACUCGGGCCAUACCCCUGUCGUUGGAACAAACCCCCACACAGCCUGAGAGGACACUGGUGCCUGAAUCUGAGUCUGACUCCGACGGAGAUCGAGAGGGAUGGAGAGACAAACGGGGAAAGUACUUUGUCUCUGAUUCUGACUCCCAUGUGUCCAGUCCCACCUGUUCUACAUUCCUCAGUCCUACAAACAAAGUCAUUCCAGAGAGUGAGGACGACAAACCCAUCACUCCCUCUGCUAAAAACAGACCCAAGAAAGUAGUGAGCUUCAGUGAGGAGGAGAGCGACAUGGAUGGGCCGAGACAGCAGCCCAGGAGAAGAAGAGCACAAGUGAUAGUGGACGACAGCGAAGAAGAAGAAGAGAGGGAGGGGAAGGAAGGCACAGAGGCACUAGGAGAGAAGGAACCUGGGAAAAGGACAAGAGGAAUAGAGGAUGUGUCAGUGGUGAACCAGGUCAGUCAAGCUGAGAGAGAUGGACCAAUGGUGUCUACAGAGGACACAUUUAACAUGGACAGUGACACAGACGCAGAGGGAGAGGAGGAGAUGGGGCUGUCUGCACCUGUAAAAAGUGUUAAGCCACCAGCUGCAACAGAACCUCCUACUACAGACUCUGACCCAGGCCAGAUCCACCUGGACAGUGACACAGACGUAGAGGGAGAGGAGGAUAUGGGGCUGUCUGCACCUGUAAAAAGUGUUAAGCCACCAGCUGCAACAGAACCUCCUACUACAGACUCUGACCCAGGCCAGAUCCACAUGGACAGUGAUACUGAUGUGAAGGAAGGAGAUACUAUGGACGGUGAUGCUAAGUUAAUGAUAACUGCAGCCGAUGUGGAGAGGAAACCAGUAGAUUCUGUCCCAGUGGUGCAGCCAACAGAGAUCCACCUGGACAGUGAUACAGAUGUGGAUGAUUAUGUUGUUGUGUCAGACAGUCCUACCAAUGUUACCUCCUUCAUAUCCGAUCCGGUCGAGAAACCAGACGAUCCUGCCCCUGCAGUGCCGCCCGUAGAAUUCCACCCAGACACUGACACAGAUGUGGAAGAGGAGGACACAGACACACAUUCCAAAACAGUUCCAGAAUCAGAUUCUAGUGGGGUCAGAACAGGGAUUGCUGGUCCCCAGGAGAUCCUUUUGGACAGUGAUACUGAUGAAGAAGACAACCCGUUUACCCCUCCGGCCAGCAGCAGAACAGCGGAGCUCCUUAAUCCACCCACCAGUGUAGGACCUGCAGCUGCUGCUCCUCUGGAGAUCAGGUCUGACAGCGACACUGACUUAGAGGAAGACGCCACACAGACCAUGAACCUUCCUCCUCCUAAUGUUGCCACGGUAAGGGAAGACGCGGGGUUAGCAUCUCGACAGGCCGUGCUUCCAUCACCCACAACAACGACAAUCGAUCUCAGGUCUCAGGACUCUGAUGCUGACACAGAUGCUGAGGAGGAGAGGUUGGAACCCAAACCCCCCCGGUGUUGGCCCCCAGCAGGGAUGGUCCCGGAGUCGGACCUCAGUGAGCCCAGUGACUUCAGGGUGGACAGUGAUACGGAGGAGGAUGGACCAGGAGAGGCAGGCCAGGGACAGACUGCAUGUCGGCUCAGAGAGGGGGCAGCUGGCCCCGGGCUGCUCCCCCUGGGAUGUUCCCCUGGCCCUCAUCAGAAGUGCUCCACCCCUUUGGCAUCGUCGGUACAGGAGGAGAUGGAGACUCAGGCCUUCUUCAGUCCCUCUGACUCCUUCAGACACCCAGCUCUCCCUCCUGUGCUGAGGCCUACAGCAGCAUUGUCCUGCUCUGCAUCAGACAGCCAGGAGGACGAUGACUUUGUGGUGGCCGAGACCCAGUCAUUUGUGUUGGAGGCCCAGAACCAGGGCCAUCAGAGCAGCCUUCCAGUGGAACCAACCCUGGAUUCUACGCAGCCCUACGGUCUGGAGCCUUGCUUGGGGGAGGACCGGGAGGAGCAGCCCAGCCGAGGCUCCUUCCAGCUGGGUCUAUCAGACAGCAGCCACCUCCACCUCCAGGCCAGGGACCAGGCCUCAGAGAGCCCCCAGGCUUUCAGUUCCCCAGAUAGGGAUUCUGACCUGGAGGCCACCCAGACCUAUGCAUCUGGAGGGGGGAGCGAGGAGCCUGCCCUGGCCCAGAGGUCUGCGGUGUUCAGGAGGAACAGGCAGGUGGACUUUGUCCUGGUGGCAACACAGGCUUAUGCUGCCCAGCCUCGCAGUGACACAGAGGAGGAAGAUGAAGAGGAGACCCCUACCACGUCUAAUGUUGCUACGACUGAAACCCUGCCCAUGUCUGCCUAUGAGGAAGAGGAGGAAGGUUUGGUUGGGGCCAUACCCUCAACCCCAGUAAGGAGAGGGAGAUCUGGAGGAGCGAGGGAGAGAGAGGAAGAGGAGCAGGAGACCCAGACUGGUGACGUGCUGAUCAACCAAUACCUCUCCACAGCUCAAACUCUGGACAUGGUCCAGGAGAGUGAUUAUGAGGAAGAAGCCAAACCAGACUCACCCAGAGGAAGAGGACAGUCCCAAGAACAGACAGUAGACGAGGAAGAGACACAGACUGUCUGCUCCUACCUCUCCACUGCUGAAACCCAGCCCAUGUUUGCUGCUGCUGCUGCUGAGGAUGAUGACAAUGAGGAGGAAGAACUCAAACCUCCAUCACCCAGAGGAAGAGGACAGUCCCAAGAACAGACAGUAGACGAGGAAGAGACACAGACUGUUGGAUCCUACCUCUCCACUGCUGAAACCCAGCCCAUGUUUGCUGCUGCUGCUGCUGAGGAUGAUGACAAUGAGGAGGAAGAACUCAAACCUCCAUCACCCAGGAGGGGAAAGUCCCAGAGAGGGAGAGUAGAAGAGGAGGAGACACAACCUAGUGAGUUCCUCACCAGCUCCCACAUCUCCACCGCUGAAACUCAGCCUAUGGGUACUUGUGACACUGAGGAAGAGGAGGAGGAGGACACCAAAGAUAAAGGACGGGCUCAGAGAGGGCGAGGGAAAGAGUCGGAGGCUGGGACAAGCGGUGUCAGCAGUAGAGGUAGAAGAGGAGAGGAAGAAGAGGAGAGCGCUGAGCCUCCAACGACACAGACAAGAGGGAAGGGGAAGGCUGUGAACACCGCAGGAGGCAGAGGGAGGAGAGGGAAGGGGAAGGCUGUGAACACCGCAGGAGGCAGAGGGAGGAGAGGGAAGGUGCUGUCUGAGGAGGGAGAGAGUGAGAAAGAAGAAGAGGCCGAGGUGAUUGAGCAAGGGAGAAGAGGAAGAAAGAGUGUGAAACAACAGAAAGAGGGAGAAAAAGAAAGACUUGAGGAGGAAGAGGGAAUAGAAAAGGAAAGACAAGAACAGGCUGAGAAGGAACGGUUGCAGAAGGAAAAAGUAGAAUCAGAAAGGGUUAUGCAGGAACAACAGGACAGAGAGAGGAUGGAACAGGAACUUAAAGAACAAGGUGAGAGAUUAGAGAGGGAGAGAGUGGAAAGAGAUGAAACAGAAAGGAUGGAGAGAGAGAAAAGAGAAGAAACGGAAAGGAUGGAGAGAGAGAAAAGAGAACAGGAGGAAAGAGAGCAGCUUGAGAGGGAAAGGAAGGAACGAGAAGAGCAAGAAAGACUGGAGCGAGAAAAGGAGAGAUUAGAGAGAGAAGAAAAAGAGAGAAUAGAGAGGAAAGAAAGAGAAGAGAGGAAAAGACUGGAGAGGGAGAAAAAAGAGAAGCAAGAAAAAUUGGAGCGAAAAAGCAUGGAAAGGGAAGCGCUUGUGCGAUUGGAGCGAGAGAGGGUGGAAAGAGAGGAGAAAGAGAGAAUAGAGGGAGAACAAGCAGAAAAUGAAAGAUUGGAGAAAGAGCGUAAAGAGAUAUUGGAGAAGGAAAAAAUGGAAAGAGAAGAGAUGAAAAAACAGGAGCGAGAACGACUGAAGAAGAACAAGGAAGAGAAGGAGCGAUUAGACAGGGAAAUAAAGGAGAGAAACCUGAAAGAAAAACUGGAGAAGGAAAGAGAAAAGAGGGAAGCCGAGGAGAAAGAAAAGGAGAUUAAAGAACAGCAAGCGAAGGAACAAGGAGAAAAACAAACAAAGAAAGACAACGAAAAUGAGCCAAAAACAUCCACUAGAGGUCGCAGAGCAAUCACCAGGAGAACCGUCAUGGUUCCACCCACAACUGAACCACAACCUGAACCUGAUAUUCUGUCCAGCCAACCAGAACCAGUCCCAGCAAGUAUAACUAGGUCUCGCUCUAACUCUGUCAGCUCUGCGAGAUCCACCUCCAACAUAGGUACCCAGGGGAGCAGAGGGAGAGGGGGGAGGAAGACCACCAGCACCACAGAGUCUGCCCCUGGUCCAGACAACCCCACCCGCAACAGCACCAGGAGACGGACGUUGGUCGGGACGGUUGUGGCUCCCCCUACUGCUGUGGGGGUCACAGUGCAGGACAUUCUCUCCAGCGAACAGUUUGUUGCCAGGAGAACCCGCUCUCGCUCCAGCUCCACCAACUCCCACAGCUCCCUCAACUCAGAGGUCUCCACCAGUAUCGCGGCUAGCGUGAGCUCUCAGAGCAAAGGGAGGGGAGGAGGGAGGAGGAAGACUGGAACAGAGUCUGUCUCUCCCAGUAACAGGCAGAGUGAGCAGCCUCCAGCCCUCAAGCCCACGGCCAGAGGCAGGAGAAGCCAGAAAGUUGAGGAUUAUGGUCCACACCCUGAGAUUAAUGAGAAGGCUGAUUCUCAGGAGGCUGGUGGUACCACUAGAGGGCAGAAGAAAACAGACAAAACCAAUGAGCCAGACCCUGUAGUAGCAGAUGAAGAAACCACUCCAGCCCAGGUAACCGAGGACUCCCCCACUCCUAGAGGGAAUGGAAGAGGCCGGGGCCGAUGCGGCCAGAAAGACAACACACCUGAAUCCAGCACUACAACAGCAGGAGGGGAAACUCAGAGUGAAGAGGGAGUGGGGUCUAAAACAGGUGGGAGAGGGAAAGGGAGGAAGAGGGGGCUGGAAGAGGAGGAGGAGAACAGUGGGUUCAAGGUUCCCCGGGGGAAAGCUAAGGUUCAGAGGGGAGGGAGACGCAGGGCAGCAGAGGAAGGAGAGAAAGAGGAGAAACCUGCAUCCACUCCACCAAAGAGAGGCAGAACCUCCACUGCAGAGCAUGAGAAGAGUAUGGAGGGACAGAGUGAGAAGAUGGAAGAGGAAGAGGCUGGUACUGUGCAGAGGAAAGUCCGAGGCAGGCAGUCGACGGUUCAGAUAAAGAAAGAAGAGGAAUCUGUUUUGGACUCUAAUUCUGUGGUGCCCCAGACCCCUACAGGUAAGGGCAGAGGUAAGCGUAGGGCCCCUGUGGAAUCAUCACCGUUUGCCAAGACCCCUCGCUCCUCCUCUGCCUCUCCCCUGUCCUCUCUUUCCUCGCCUGGGACACUGGGCCGAGCGAGGGCCUCCACGCAGUCCUAUAAGGUGUUGUUUACAGGAGUGGUGGAUGAGGAGGGGGGAAAGGUGGUGUCUCGUCUGGGGGGCAGCCUGGCGAAGGGCGUGGCCGACAUGACCAACCUGGUGACUGACAGGAUCCGACGCACAGUCAAGUUCCUGUGUGCUGUGGCCCGUGGCGUGCCCGUCGUCACCACCGAUUGGCUGGAUAAGUGUGGUAAGGUGGGUAGUUUCCUACCUACUGACAGGUACCUGGUGAAGGACAGGGAGCAGGAGAACAAGUUCAGCUUCUGUCUGGAGGAAUCACUGAGGACCGCCAGCACCCAACCUCUACUACAGGGUUAUGAGGUCCAUGUGACCAGGUCAGUGUUGCCAGAGCCAGCCCAGAUGAAGGACAUCAUCGUCUGUAGCGGAGCUCGCUUCCUCUCCAAGAUGCCCUCCACUCAGAAGGUCCAGGCCCGGACCCUAGUGAUAUCGUGUGGGGAGGACUGGUCUCUCUGUGCUCCUGCACUCUCUGCUUCUCUCCCCGUCCUCAGUGCUGAGUUCCUGCUAACUGGUAUAUUACAGCAGAGAGUGGACCUGGUAACCCAUGUCCUCUCAGCCCCCAAACCCAGGGCCCAGCCAGGAGCCAAAGGCCAGGCCAGUGGCAGGAAGAGAACGUAAAACAAAAACAAAAUUCACCUGGGUGGUAUUCAUUAGUGCAUACUGUAGCAAAACAUUAUGCAACAGAAAACAAAAACUAGUGUUGGACAAGUUCAGGUAAACCCUCCCUGUUUUAGUCUGUUUUCUUCCGAUAGGUGAAUUUGACCCUGUCUACAGGGCCAGGGAGAAGAAUGCAUUACAGUUCCAGAGAAGACCGCAGACAGACGACACCCGUGUGUGUGAUGGUGUGUGUGAUGGUGUGUGUGAUAGCAUGCAGCACCCACCUCCACCUGUAUAGAGAACAUUAGCAGGACCAGGCCUCAGAGGAGUGGUAACUACAGUACUACUACCCUGGAGGGGCUGGAGACCAUUAGACACCUGAGAGAGGGGAGAAUGAGGAUUCGGAUGUACAAGAGACAGUGGCAGCAUCCCAAAUGGGACCCUAUUGCCUACUUUUGACAAGAGCCCUGCACUAUGUAGGGAAUAGAGUGCUAUUUGGGACGCCAAUGUAAAAGGCUGGUGAGAGGAGACAUCCACCUGUAUGACCAACUAGACAAGAUAGUUGAGAAUGUAUUCACUCAGAUACGAAGACAAACAAACCCAAGAUAUGGAAAUCUAUUCCUAUGUUCGAGGGUAGAGAAUACAUGCAGGGAAAUGCUCUGAAUAGAUUUGUUUAUAAAAAAAAAUGUAAAUAUGAGGUAACAGAGAGAAGAGACAGAAUACAUGAGAUAAUUUACUGCCUAUCCCAGUCAUAUUUAUUUUAUCUGUCUCUUCCCUCCCUCUCCUGAUCCUUCAUCUACAGUUGAAGUCGGAAGUUUAUAUACACCUUAGCCAAAUACAUUUGAACUCAGUUUUUCACAAUUCCUGACAUUUAAUCCUAGUAAAAAUUCCCUGCCUUAGGUCAGUUACGAUCACCACUUUAUUUUAAGAAUGUGAAAUGUCAGAAUAAAAGUAGAGUGAUUUAUUUCAGCUUUUAGUUAUUUCAUCACAUUCCCAGUGGGUCAGAAGUUUACAUACACUCAAUUAAUAUUUGGUAGCAUUGCCUUUAAAUUGUUUAACUUGGGUCAAACGUUCCCAGGUAGCCUUCCACAAGCCUCCCCUGGCCCAUUCCUCCUGACAGAGCUGGUGUAUAACUGAGUCAGAUUUGUAGGCCUCCUUGCUCGCACAUGCUUUUUCAGUUCUGCCCACAAAUUUUCUAUGGGAUUGAGGUCAGGGCUUUGUGAUGGUCACUUCAAUACCUUGACUUUGUUGUCCUUAAGCCAUUUUGACACAACUUUGGAAGUAUGCUUGGGGUCAUUGUCCAUUUGGAAGACCCAUUUGCGACCAAGCUUUAACUUCCUGAUGUCUUGCUUCAAUAUAUCCACAUAAUUUUCUUCCCUCAUGAUGCCAUCUAUUUUGUGAAGUGCACCAGUCCCUCCUGCAGAAAGCACCCCUACAACAUGAUGCUGUCACCCCCGUGCUUCACGGUUGGGAUGGUGUUCUUCGGCUUGCAAGCCUCCCCAUUAUUCCUCCAAACAUAACAAUGGUCAUUAUGGCCAAACAGUUCUAUUUUUGUUUCAUCAGACCAGAGGACAUUUCUCCAAAAAGUACGAUCUUUGUCCCCAUGUGCAGUUGCAAACUGUAACCUGGCUUUUUUUAUGGCGGUUUUGGAGCAAUGGCUUCUUCCUUGCUGAGCUGCCUUUCAGGUUAUGUCGAUAUAGGACUCGUUUUACUGUGGAUAUAGAUACUUUUGUACCUGUUUCCUCCUGUUAUUCUGGGAUUGAUUUGCACUUUUCGCACCAAAGUACAUUAAUCUCUAGGAGACAGAACGCGUCUCCUUCCUGAGCGUUAUGACGGCUGCGUGGUCCCAUGGUGUUUAUACUUUCAUACCAUUGUUUGUACAGAUGAACGUGGUACCUUCAGGCAUUUGGAAAUUUCUCCCAAGGAUGAACCAGACUUGUGGAAGUCUACAAUUUUUUUUCUGAGGUCUUGGCUGAUCUCUCUUGGUUUUCCCAUGAUGUCAUGCAAAGAGGCACUGAGUUUGAAGGUCGGCCUUGAAAUACAUCCACAGGUACACCUCCAAUUGACUCAAAUGAUGAAGCUUCUAAAGCCAUGACAUCAUUUUCUGGAAUUUUCCAAGCUGUUUAAAGGCACAGUCAACUUAGUGUAUGUAAACUUCUGACCCACUAGAAUUGUGAUACAGUCAAAUAUAAGUUAAAUAAUCUGUCUGUAAACAAUUGUUGGGAAAAUUACUUGUCAUGAACAAAGUAGAUAUCCUAACCGACUUGCCAAAACGAUAGUUUGUUAACGAGAUUUGUGGAGUGGUUGAAAAACAAGUUUUAAUGACUCCAACCUAAGUGUAUGUAAACUUCCGACUUCAACUGUAUACUGAUUAAUAGCCAUCCUCUCGCCUUUGUAUAAAGAUAACAUAUAUAUGUGUGUCUAUUGCGCGAGGGUAAUGUGGAAUAUACCAGGUCUUCACUAGCUGUGAUUGCUGAAGGGACAUUUCUUCAGUCUUAGAGAAAGGACUGAACUGAUUGUUUUAAUGCUGCUCGUCCAUCUACAUCUUUGUAUGUAGGAGUUAAAUGUGUCUUUAUUUACCGACCAAUAAACCUUUCAUACUGAA